CUUUAUAAGGAGACACUCUGAUGAACAGCACAUUUUGGGGACCCACUUGGUGUGUGUGUUCUUGGUUGCCUGUUCCUUCUUCCGUCUGUACAGCGUGGUCCCUGUAACGGCAGGGGCAUCAGCCUCCCUCUUUCCUCUGGAGGACCGCCCCUCUUGGGACUCUGAGGAACAAUGGAAGUCUUGGGGUUUCUCAAACUGGAAGUGAAUGGCCCCAUGGUGACAGUGGCCCUGUCAGUGGUCCUCUUGGCCCUCCUGAAAUGGUACUCCACAUCAGCGUUUUCAAGACUGGAGAAGCUGGGCAUCAGACACCCCAAGCCUUCUCCUUUUGUUGGAAACUUGGCAUUUUUCCGCCAGGGUUUCUGGGAAAGCCAAAUGGAGCUCAGAAAGCUACACGGACCUCUGUGUGGGUACUAUCUUGGUCGCCGGAUGUUUAUUGUUAUCUCUGAUCCAGACAUGAUCGAGCAGGUGUUGGUUGAGAACUUCCAUAACUUUACCAACAGAAUGGUGUCUGGCUUGGAGUCCAAACCCGUAUUGGACAGCGUCCUGUUUUUACGUGACAAAAGAUGGGAAGAGGUCAGAAGUGUCCUGACUUCUGCUUUCAGUCCUGAGAAGCUCAAUGAGAUGACUCCCCUAAUCAGCCAAGCCUGUGACAUGCUCCUGGCUCACUUAAAAGGCUAUGCGGAAUCCGGGGAUGCUUUCGACAUCCAGAGGUGCUACAGCUGCUACACUACAGAUGUGGUUGCCAGUGUCGCCUUUGGCACCCAGGUGGACUCCCGGGGGGCUCCUGAGGACCCCUUUGUGAAGCACUGCAGGCGUUUCUUUGCGUACUCCAUCCCCAGGCCGAUCCUGGUUUUAAUCUUAUCAUUUCCAUCCAUAAUGGUCCCACUGGCCCGGAUUUUGCCCAAUAAGAACCGAGAUGAACUGAAUGGCUUUUUUAACAAACUCAUUAGGAAUGUGAUUGCCUUGCGGGACCAGCAAGCAGCAGAAGAGAGGCGGAAAGAUUUCCUCCAACUGAUCCUGGACGCCCGACAUUCCUCCACCUCCGUGGGCGUGGAGAGCUUUGACAUGGUCAGACAAGUCUUCUCCACCGACUGCGCAGCGGGUCCCUCCCACCUGCACCAGCCCAGACGCCUGUCCAAGCCUCUGACUGUGGAUGAGGUCGUGGGCCAGGCCUUCAUCUUCCUCAUUGCUGGCUACGAGAUCGUCACCAACACGCUCUCUUUUGCCACCUACCUCCUGGCCACCAACCCUGACUGCCAAGAGAAGCUUCUGACAGAGGUGGACAGCUUUAAUGAGCAAUUCCCGGCCCCUGACUACUGCAGCCUCCAGGAACACCUGCCCUACCUGGACAUGGUGAUUGCAGAGACCUUGAGGAUUUACCCACCAGCUUUCAGGUUCACGCGAGAGGCGGCGCGAGACUGUGAGGUUCAGGGGCAGCGUAUCCCGGCAGGCGCCGUGGUGGAGAUGGCGGUGGGCGCCCUGCACCAUGACCCUGAGUACUGGCCAAACCCCGAGGCCUUCGACCCUGAGAGGUUCACGGCAGAGGCCCGGCGGCGCCGACGUCCCUUCACAUACCUGCCGUUCGGGGCGGGCCCCCGGAGCUGCCUCGGGGUGCGGCUGGGGCUGCUGGAGAUCAAGCUGACGUUGCUCCACGUCCUGCGUGAGUUCCGGUUCGAGGCCUGCCCAGAGACGCAGGUACCACUGCAGCUAGAAUCCAAAUCUGCCCUAGGUCCGAAGAACGGCAUCUAUAUCAAGAUUGUCUCUCGCUGACAGUUUUAUGAGGACACCCCCCCAAAUGCAAAGGAAACCUUGAUGUGGAAAUUCAGAUUUGGGGGAAAACAUCACUGAAGCAAUUGAAAGGGUGCCCACCAUGCAAGUAUAAAAGAGGUCUUUACAUAACUUUUCCCAAAUGUUCCUGAACAUUUAAUAAAUGUUUCUUGCAUUUAGUUUUAA